AUGUUGUCCAUUAGCUGGGAUGCGUCUCUCGAGAAUAAAAAGGCGCUCGAUGAGGAUGGGAGGUCCCUCUCGUCUCGAAACGCGGCAAAGGUGCUGGAUACGGAAGCGGAAACAGCGCCUCGGGCCGACGGAAAUAGGGACAAGGUCCUCGUACCACCAGAAGGUGCUUCUAACUCAUCGCUUCGGCCUGGUUUGAAUGCCACAGCGUCAACGUCGAUCGGCCGUCGAAAGGGUGACGCGAGCGACGGAAGAUCGCGCAAGAAACGUCGCAGGAACAAAGACUCGAGGAGCUCUGACGUGGACCGACGGCGUGAGAACGCGGCGGAGGUGUGCGAGAACGAGAUCAGGGGGAAACGAGGUGGCGGCCAAGCGAAAAGAUCGAAGGACAGCGCGGCGCGACGGUAUCGCGCGGAGCGUCGCAGGAGGAGAAAGAACCGGGAGAGAAAGCGUGGAAGGAAGAGGCCCGGCCAGAACGGCGAGUCGAAGAACGAGUCGCGAAGUAGAACGUCGAAGUUCAAGAGAAGAAUGAACGAUGCGCCAGCCGAGUUGCUGCUCGGCAAGAUCGAUGGCCACGUGGCGGAGGACAACGUCUCCAGCUACGACUCGCCGGAUGUGACCUGGAGAGGUGACCGCUCUCCGCCGAACAGCUCUGACUUGGAGAAAGAGAUCUCGCGGACGCGGAUGGAGGACCCGGCCAGCUUGGAGAAUCGUAUCCUGGGUAGUUCCGUGCCGAAAUCCACCCGCAGGAACACUGAACGCAAGGAGAACAAUGCCAGCAGUACCGCAAACGAGAUGAAACCCGGCAACUCUAGAUACGACGCCGACAAAAUGUUGGGCUACUCGCGAACCGAGGAGGACCUGCCUAUUUUGGAUCUGGAGAACGAGGUGCUGGCGCGGACCUUGAAGGAUUACAACGCGUACAUGACGUCGAGUUUGAAGCUGUCGAUGCUGCCGAGGCGAGAGGACGCUGAGCGCAGGCAGAGAACCGGCGGAUCGCAUUUUCAUGGGAAACCUAUAAUCGACAGGGCGGAGUUGGACAGGCUUGGCGGAAAGAAGGACGCGGAAACGGCGAGCAGCACCGCUGCGUACGAGGACGAUACGAAAGGGGAUUUAUCAUGCAUAAACGGGACGUUCGUGCCGGCGCCCCUCGCUCGGCAUGCACUGAUCAAAUAUGUAAAAUCGUCGAUACCAGGUCACGAAUACUUGGAAGCCGAUUACGAAUGUGCCCCUGGAUAUUACAUGGUGAGCAAAACGACCAGACUUCUUUGCAGAAAUCGUCAAUGGAUAGGACAACUACCAAAGUGCAAGAUCAAAGCGAAUUUUGAAGGUGCGUGCAUCGAGGCUUCGUGCGACCACAUUUGCAAAGAAAUCGACGGCAGGCCAGUCUGUUCGUGUUACAAAGGUUUCCAGCUAGACGGUGAUAAAUGUAUCGGUAAGUUAUGCUAUCAACUGUUUGCUUGCUUUCAUUUGAACAGCGCACAACUAGUUUGCAGAUAUUUGUGCGCUCGGCACGUGGAAUUAAAAUUACUCGAUCGCUUUGGUCAUGUAGAUAUCAACGAGUGCCUAUUAAACAAUGGGCACGGACCUUGUCAGGAUACGUGUCGGAACACCAUAGGCGGAUAUGAAUGUUCCUGCGACGGUCUACAGGACACUGUCCUGUCACCUGACAACCACACGUGUCAGGACGCAGGUCCCUGCAGCGUCAACAACGCUGGAUGCUCUCACACUUGUCUCUCCACGAUGGGACGAGUGUUUUGUCUCUGCCCUGAUGGUUUCAUCCUAGAGGACGACUGGAAGACUUGUCAAGACGUGGACGAAUGUGCCCAACCAGAUUUGCAAACGGAAAUGUGCCGGUAUGGUUGCAUCAAUACGCCAGGAUCUUAUCGAUGCGCCGAGCCAAUGGAGUUGAAGGAUCAACCGAUACUGGACAGCUUGUCGAUCACGUGCCUGCCAGGCUACGAGGCAACCCCCGAUGGAACUUGUAUCGGUAAGUGGUUUAAUCCGUACGGGUGAUUUAACAGGAAGUUGGAUUUGCCAGUUAAGCCCCGCGGCAGACACUUUUCACUGCGAACAUCCACUCUGCCCUGUAAUACAUUGUACUUCGGUUGCUCCACGAUUCUUGCGAUUCGAGCGGGAUUUUCGUGGUUUGCGAAACAGACCAGACCGAUUUUUAACGCGGCAGUCGAAUCGACGCGCGAUUACGAAAAGUAGCACGUUAAUUCUUUUUUUUGUUUUUUUUUUAAUAAUAGUUACAACGAACAGAAUGAAGAGAUGA